GACAGUAACGGCAUCAUUACACUGGGAACAGCUGCUACAAAAGCUUCAUGUAAGCUGCAGGAAACCAACGUGCUACUAGCUAAAAAGCCACAUGUAUGUUGAAGUAGAAGUUUAGUACAUGAUACAGCCGGUGAUAACCACUUGUUUAUGGGGUAAAAGAAGAAGACAUGCAGAAAGACCAGGGUGCCCUGCUGGUUGAAGUCUUCCUCCUUCUCUUUCUGCCUGAAGGUGUCCAGUCUUGUAACAUUACUGUAGCUUCCCCCACAAUUGAGCUUGGUUCUCCUCUACGGGCUUCCUGCCCUUCUUAUUGCCCCAACUCCGGAAACUUCCAGGUGAUAUGGAAACUGAAUGGUGAUGUUAUUCCAAACUCCCAGUACAGCAAUGAUUGGCAGAACACGUCCUCUGUAUAUUUCAGCAGCUUCAACAGGUCUACAGGAUUGCUUGAGUGUUUUGCCAACAGUAGCGAUGUGCCACAAUUGCUUGAUUCAAUUCAAAUCAACGCUGGCUCUUUACCAUCUCCACCCACCAACCUCAGCUGCCUCAUGAACCUUACAGCUAAUAUUUUGGACUGCACAUGGCAACUUGGUAGAGACUCAGGUUUAACAACCAACGUCAUACUACACAGUUCCAGGCAAGUGAUGUUUGGAAAUUUCUCAGAAGAACAGUGUGAAAUCCCCAAACAGAGUAAAAUAAUCUGCAAUCACACAAAGGGGCAGAAUUCAUGCAACAUCUCUCGGGAGAAUUUUGAUAACUUGAAGCCACUUGCAGUAUGGGUUACUGUGGAAAACCAGUUAGGAUCUGCUACCUCUGAACCUCUUUGUGUGAUCCCACUUCAUCAAGUAAAGGUUGAACCCAUUGUCAUUAAAGACGCAGAACCUUAUGAAGACUGUGUUAUAUUGAGAUGGACAAAUGGGAAAAAAGCUGAGUUUCUAAGAGACUUGAAAUGUGAGAUGCGCUACAAAAGUGAAUUUCAGAUGGAAUGGGUAAAGGAUGAAGAAGCAACUAUAGGUGUGAAAGAGAGGACACAGUGCGACCUGUUGAGUGCUACAAAGUACAACUUCCAAAUUCGUUGCAUUCGGAAAAAACUAACAGGGCAAUGGAGUGAGUGGGGACCAGUAACCAGCCUGACCACUUUAGACGGAGUUCCAACCGGUAAAUUAGUGGCCUGGUGGAGAAUGCUGGAGACUACACCUGACGCUGCAGUGCAAAUUCAGCUAUUGUGGAAGCCACUAAAGAGAGAAGAGGCCAAUGCAAACCACAUCUGGUACAUUGUGAGGAACUCCACAGGUCUUCAUCAGAGAGACUCUAUUAUGUGCAAUACAACUGCUCUCAACUGCACUUUCUUCCUGACUCAUGGAAUGAAGAGAAUAUUUCUAUGGGCUUACAAUACAGCUGGUGCUUCUCCAGUAACAGAGAUAUCUUUGUCUGCCAGGAAUGGAACGCCAGUGUCUGGGAUGCAAGUAUCUUCAAAUGGUGACUACAGCCUGCGAGUAGUAUGGGAUCCACAGGAUUCAGCUAAGGGCUAUGUUGUGGAGUGGUGUAACACUGCUGAGGAGCAAAAUUGUGAAAUAAACUGGAAAGCUGAGCUGGAAGGAAGCAACUCCUCAAUCCUGCAAGGUAAUAUCCAGCCAUUCAAGAUGUACAAUGUCAGACUGUAUGCUCUGUAUGAAGACUGUAUAGGGCUGCCAGCACAUACCGAAGUCUACUCCAAAGAAGGUGCGCCAAACUUUGCUCCAAAACUGAAACUAACAACAGUCAGCAAAUCAAAGGCAGAGGUGCACUGGAAGCCAAUUCCCUUGGAAAAACGCAAUGGGUUCAUUACCAGCUACACCAUUUUCUGGACUGAUACACUUGGAAAAGAAUAUUCUUCAUCUGUCGAUGGCUCAUCAACAAAAUUUGAGAUGAAAAAUCUACUCCCUUCAACCACAUAUCAAGUGUUUCUAAGCAGCUCCACUGCUGGAGGCUCUGCAAAUGGGACGGCUCUGAUGAUUCAUACCAGUAGUCUAGACAACGAAGACAUCCAUCUGAUGCUCCUGGUUUUCUUUCUGUUCUGCUCCAUGAUGAUCAUUUUCAUGUGUGUGAUCUGCAUCAUGAAACACAAAAGACUAAAGAAUCGUUUCUGGCCUUCUGUUCCUGACCCAGCCAAAAGCCAAAUGGUAAAAUGGGCUUCCCUCAUAGAAGAGAAACCUAGGAUGAUUUUUAACAUCGAGGAAGUUGCUCAGACCACUACAAGUGAUAUCGUCAUUUUGGAGCGUUGUCAAGGAAAGAAACCACCAGCAGAAAGUGAAACAACAGUCAAUUCAAUCUCCUCUCAAGAUUAUUUUCUUACAUGCAAUAAACAACCAUCUUCCACAGAAGAUACCAAUACGUGGAGGUCCUACAUCAAUGUUGAGACUGUCCAGUAUGCCAAGGUGAUUACAGAGGGCUAUCGUGAACAAAGCCCCCCAACUUCUAUGUAUGUGAGAUCUGACUCCACACAACCUCUUCUCUGUGAUGUAUCUCCCACCCCCCAGAAUUAUGAGAACAUGUGGUUUCAGUCCAACAACCAGGAAGAUAGUGUAUUUUUGGUUGAGGAGGAAAACUUUGCCAACUUCCCUUUUCUCCAGGCUUUACAGAUCCAUGAGGAUAGAGAAGCCUUAAGUUUGUUCAACUGAAUAAUUUCAAUCCAACUGUUAGGUCAUAUGUAUUCAGAAAGCUGCACACACGUGACUUUCCCUCACAAUACUGCACUGUAACACGUGUAUACUCUAUGUGGCUUCACACCAAAACACAUCUGAGUGCUCCCCAUAACUGUAAUGCACAUGUGCAUUGCAACAGAUCUCAAUGGACAGAAGUUGAAAGAAUGUAUUGAUCAUCUUGAGCUGUUAGAAAUUUUCCCUACUGCUCAUGGGACAAGUUUAAAAUUCCCCUGCUAUUUCUGAGGCAAUGGCUUCAUGGUUGACUCUGGGUUCACUAAGUACAGUAAGACAGUUGUUGAUGGAAUGUGCAUAAAACAGAGAUAAGCACAGGCAACUUUCACGUGGACCACAAAAUGUCAGUAGCACAAAAAUGCAUAUCACACCAUUCAGAAUUAUAUUUGCUAAAAUAAUAACCUGAAGAUAAUCCUGAUAGCAAUCCCUGCCCAUUCUGGAUUGUCUUUCUCUGCUUGCCAUCGUUAUUUGUAAAGCAACAACACUUCCUGUAAAUUUACAGAUUAUAUUGUGAUAAAAAAAGAAAUACAUAUUUAGAUAUGAACUAUAUCUAUCUAUCUAUCUAUCUAUCUAUCUAUCUAUCUAUCUAUCUAUCUAUCUAUCUAUCUAAAAGAAGCACCUCCUGAUGCAAUCUAAAAAGUAUCCCCACCGGGAGAAAAACACACAUUGAAAAGGUAUAUAUAUAUAUAUAUAUAU